UUGGUUCCCAGCGAUAUAUCCAUAUUGCAUUACCCCUUCAAUAUGCCGGUGUGCACAUCCUGCCAUCAAACUAAACAAGACGAGGCUUUCUUCCACAAGAACAAAAAGUGGAAAACUUGUCAAAAUUCCGUUGAAGAGGAGGAACCAUUACGAGUUUCUCUCAGAACAGUAGGACUAAUGGAAUUAUCUAACCUUGUCGCCAACGAGAUACGUAAUAUUGUUCACAACCCUCAACCAAUGGGUUCUGACGGGAAUCCACAGUGUUCCUUGAACUUGCGUGUGGCUCUCAACCUUACAAAUAUGAUAACCGGUAAUGAAAAUCCCAAGGACAUUGCAAGGUGGAUUGUUGAAGAAAUUGAGAGAGCCGAUGAGUAUAAUUGGACUUAUAAUUGUAUGAACACCUCAAUGCGUCACAAAGAUGUUGCAAAGUUCUACUAUGUUUGCAGUCAAUCGGUAGUAGCAAUGAAAGAGUAUAAAGAAGGGUCGAACAGGAAACGAAUGGAGCGUUUCCCAUGUCAAGGAAAAAUGCAGAUGAAAAUUGAUAUGCCAGCAGCAGAGGCAAUGUUGGAAAUCCAUCACGGUAUUCUUCAUAAUCGACCGGCAGUCACCUCUGAGAUUAGCGAAGAAUGCAAAAAGGAGAUCGACGAAAACCUUCACUGCAACCCCAUUCAUCUACGACAAAUACUCAGAGCCAAGAACGUUAUGAAAAAUUAUACACCCCGACAAAUUCAUUCAUAUUGGGAAAGGGCAGCAGGGAAUAAACUUCCGGAUCUUGUCUCACAAUUUUCAGUUGCGCAGGUCAUUCAGUCUCCUGUAAUCACUACAAAUAUUGAAAACAGUUUUAUUAUACCAACCAUGACAGCCAUUCCAUACCCAUCACUACCUUCGAUGCCUAUUGUAUCAAGCACACCGUCUCCUGCUCUACAGAAAAAUAAUUCGAAGGAACUCUCAAAAGUGGGAAACCGUCAAUUUAACCACGAUGAAUUUGCUGAAUAUGUGACAAAGAUGGAACAAUUUGCAAAGAGAUGCAGGAAUCAAUUGGAUCGCCAAAAUUACAUUUGGUUGGAUACUGUGAAAAUAUUGACGGCCGGUGUUAUCGAAAUGGAGAAUGAUAUUGAAGAACUAGAAAGACAGCGUGCCAGCGAACGCGGAGCCACCAAACCAUGGACAAUUCACUAUAAAUAA